UUACACCGUCAGUAGUGCAUUAUUAUUAUACUUGCACGAGCCAUUUGAAAUUCUGCAAAAAUCGCUGCGUUAAUUCGUGGAGGUGUAGUGAUGGGUGUACAAAUCAGAGUGGAGUAUUGUGGCGGAUGAGGCUACGAGCCCCGCUAUCAGGAGCUCAAGCAAGUCGUUGUUGCAGAGUUUCCUGAAGCGGAAGUGUCUGGCUUUGUCGGCAGACAAGGGAGCUUUGAGAUUGAGAUCAAUGGACAGCUGGUUUUCUCAAAGCUAGAAACCAGCGGUUUUCCCUAUGAAGAUGACGUCAUGGAGGCUAUCCAGAAAGCCCACGAUGGCAAACCAGUGGAGAAGAUCACCAAGAGCCGCCCGCCUUGCGUCAUACUCUAACUCCAAGCUUUUAAUUACCUCACAAACAGCAAAGCUACAGUAUAAGUGAAAAUAUUGUGACUGUGUGUAACCGAUCAUCCGAUGUCUCCUUUUGCCUCUGCUUCUGUCAAGGUGGUUUUUUUGGACAUAAAUGAUUAGUGUAGCUAAAAGCUAAAGGUUACACUAUGAAGCACUUGGUCCAGUCACCGUCAAACCUGGAGCUGAGGCGAAGGAGAGACAUCCAGGUGUGCAUUAAAGUUGUUCAGUCAUCUGUAUGUUAAAGGGGGGGGAGGAAAAAGGCUUUCUAGAAGUAUUUGUAAUAUUUAAUACUUGAGUCAGUUUUUUAAUUUAUCUGACGAGUUAUGAAGCGGUAUGUAAUGUUGUAAAAUCAGACUUGAAACAUUACUUUCUUGAUGCUACCUUGAUUUUUCAAUUACUAAUAUAAAAUCAUGACGACAAUAA